AUGAAUGAAAAUAUUGUAUCAAACUUUGUAAAAAAAAAUAAAAAUGUAGAUAAUUUUAAUAAAAUAAAUACAUUAAUAAAUCAAAUGAAACUGGUUGAUGAUAAUCUUAAAAAUUUAUUUUUAUCUGAGGAAGGUUUGAAUGAUCAUGACUCUUUUUUGUUAUUUCGCUCUAAAGUAUCUAGGAGAAUUAUUGAUUAUUCAAAUACAAUAUCGCAAUUUAACAAAAUAAUUUGUUUAGAAAAUAUUGAAAAAAACGUUAAAGAAGAAUAUGAAUAUCAUUUAAAAAAUAUAGAAAAUUAUAAGAAAAAAUUAAGUUUAUGGUGGAAUACUUGGGAAAAGGAUUAUCAUCGAUUAUGUAUGAAACUUUUUUUAAAAAAAAAAAUAAGUAAUAAUUAUAUUGAAAAUAAUGAAGAAAAAAAUAAAGAUAUGUACAAUAUAAAUUUAAAAGACACAAGAAAAAUGAUGAUAGAUGAAGUUAAUAGAAUGAAAAACGUAAAGUCAGAACUAUUAGAUUCUUCUCAAAAAUUAAAAAAACAGGAUGAAAUAUUCAAUUCUUUUGAAAUGAAAUUAAAGUCUAGUGCUCAAUUAAUAUUUUCCUUAAAAAAAAAAGCAGAGAAUGAUACAAGAUAUGUCUGGUAUUCCUUUUUUUUCUUUUUAAGUGUUUGCAUUUAUAUUAUCUUAAGAAGAUUGGGUUUCAUAAGAGCUAUAAUAGCAAUAAUUAAAUUUAUAAUUUCAAUAUUAUUUUAUAUUGGAGGGACAUCUUUUAAAUUAUAUACUUUUAUUAAGAAAAUAACUUCAAAAAAUCAGAUAGAAAGUGAAGACCUUUUAAUAAAUAUAGGAAAUGAUUCAAUAACUACUAAUGAACUAUAG